AUGUCUCUGACAACGUUUCUUACAAAAGCAUCAAACCUUCUGGGUUUGAAGCCUAACAUCAGCUUAAAAGCUCCACCUUUGGAUGGUGAAAUUAUAUUUUGUAAAAAUAAUGUCUGUGUUCAUCCGCCGGCAAAUCUGAACAAGAAUUCAGAGCACCAUCCUGGCUACAUGAACAUUCGAUCACAAGAAGAUGAGGUUCUCGGGAGAACAUUGAUCUUGACGUGGAUACCCAAUUCAACUUUGACAAAAAAUCCUCGCAGCAUCGAGAACAGUCCCAGGCAGGGUAAACCCCUUUGCAGCACCGGCAGCAACCACAACGGCCACAACAACAACAUUCGCACUACCAAGCCAAGAAAUGAUGAACCAUAUAAGGACAGUGACGAUGGUGAUGUCUUUUCUAUUACCCCUGACAGUAAAAACUUCAUUAACAACUACAUCAAUAAUGAUGACAAUGGCAAAUGUAAUGACAUCAACUCUUUGGAUGGCAUACAGGCCAAAAACAAAUACACCAAUUCUAUUAACAUGGAUAAAGACAUCAACAGCGCCGGUGAUAACAUUAAUAACAGAAAUGACAGCAAGGAAAGAAAUGGUGAUGAUGAUGAUGUGAAGAAUGAAUUUGACCUCCUUGCAUCAACUGAUUCAAAUUUUACAUCACAUAAAUCACCUUCGAAUGUUACUCAAUCACCAUCAGCUACACUACCAGCUCAUGGAACGUCAUCAUCAUCACCACCACAAUCUCCAUUAUCACCAAACUCGUCAUCACCAUCUCGUAGUAAUGAUAUUGGCUGUAAUGAUAAUAGUUUUGUGGACGUGACAUCAAAGGAUGGUGAUGAUGAUGAUAGUAGUGGUGGUGUUGAUAAUGAUCUCUCAUUUGUAUGUGGUGUCUUUUCAGUUGAUUUAGGUCAGAUGAGGUCGCUAAGGAUCUUUUACAGUAACAACCAGUGCAACAGCGGUCAGUUAGUGAUAGCCAGCAGAGAGAGUCAGUACAAGAUCUUGCACUUCCACCACGGCGGUCUCGAUCGGCUGGUCCAAACUUUUAAGGAUUGGUCAUUCCUUGCUCAGGCUUCUAGGAAGGGGAUGGAGAAAGAUGACAGCAGCCACUACUUCUCCAUUAUUCGCCCCUUCCUGCCCCACGAACUCUGCCACCCGGACGAGGGCACGAUGGAGAUGCUGAGGCGAGAGACGUGGCGGGUGCACAUGAAUGAUAUGGGCGUCAUCAAUGAUCAUCUACAUCUCAGGAAGGCAAUCUUUUUCGCGGGUAUUGAACCAUCAAUAAGGGCCGAGGUGUGGCCCUUCCUACUGCACUACUACCCCUACCUCUCCACGCACGAAGAUCGUGAAUGUAUCAGGAAUGAUAAGUACCUCGAGUACCUCAGUAUUAGGAAAGUUAGGCUAAGAAUGAGUAGAGAAGAGAGAGAGGCGUUCUGGCGUUCGACUCAGUGUAUUGUGGAGAAGGAUGUCAUCAGGACCGACAGGAGUCAUCCGUACUUCUCCGGAGAGAGCAAUCCCAAUGUCGAUGUGCUCAAGAACAUUCUACUGAACUAUGCAGUGGCCCAUCCGACGCAGGGCUACACGCAGGGGAUGUCUGACCUCCUCGCUCCGAUCCUCAUCGAACUGAAGAACGAAUCAGAUGCCUACUGGUGCUUCGUCGGCCUCAUGAAGGACACGGUCUUCUUCUCGUCCCCCACUGAUGUCGAUAUGGAUGGACAGCUGUUAUAUUUGAGAGAACUGUUGAAGUUGUUGCUUCCGAGUUUUUAUCAUCAUCUCUUGAAAUUACAGGACGGCCUGGAUUUGCUCUUUUGUCAUAGAUGGUUACUUCUUUGCUUCAAAAGAGAGUUUGCAGAACGUGAUGCCCUCAGAAUAUGGGAGGUCUGCUGGGCCAGGUACCUGACUGACUACUUCCACAUAUUCAUCGUCGUCUCAGUCCUCUCCAUUUAUGGACAGGAUGUGGUGGACCAGGAUUUGCCCUCGGAUGACCUCCUCCUGCACUUCAACAGCCUCUCCAUGCAUAUGAAUGCAGACAUGGUCCUCAAAAAAGCGAGAGGUCUCCUGCAUGAAUUCUGUCAACUGGAAACUAUUCCUUGCACUCUUCAUGGAUUGUGUUCUAGUUCCUCUUCUAGCAUGUGGGAUAACAAGUAUACAGUGAAAGUCCAGUGCGUCGGGCACAAUCCUAAUGAAACCUGUCCCUACACUGAAACUUCACCCACACAAAUCAAGCAAGACAGCCAACAGUCCCCCAGAAGCCAUUGAUAAAUUUGUUAAUUAUCCAAUUAAUAAAUCAAUUAAUUAUCCAAUUACGUCCUAAUAGUAUUUCAAUAAUGUGGAUCAUGAUUCUAGUUAUUUCAUUUCCAUCAUUUAUUUUAAUUAAUUCUUAAAAUGAUGAUAAGUUAAUUAGUUAGUCAGCAAGCGGAAUAAGUUAAGCUACACAUACACACACAAACAUGGAGAAAGAUCGAUAAUUGUUUAGGUUUCUUUUUACCAAACUUCCAGUUUAAGAAAUAAAUAUUCAAUUAAUAUGUAUAACAAUUUUUCCCAACAAAAACACCUCACGUAAAGUUUCACCCGUAAACAUUCUCAGUUUGUUUUUUAUAACUUAUUCUAUAUUGAUUUUAUUUUUAACGCACAUAUACUCAUUUCACUUAAUGUUUACUUCAUUAUAUCAUUACAUUUUUCUUUAAUUUUUGUUGUUAUUUAUCUUGUGAGUUUCAUUUGUUAACGCAUUUUGGUGGUGAUAUUUUUUUGAUAUUUAUUUAGUGGUGGGUACUUGGUCAGUUUUUUUUAAACUGCGUUUAUCUCUAUUGACCCUUACAAAGAUCUAGUCACAUUGUCUGUACGCUCAUCUCUUGCAAAACAUUUUAAACACCCAGCCUGAUAUUACUGAAUGGUAUUAGUUAAGAUAAUUUCUUCUCGUUUGCUUGACGUAAAAUUGUGGCACAAGGCAUGUAUCAUUUUUUAACUUUGUUUUCAAUCAUUCAUUCAUCAGCCCAAAUAUAUAUUAACGUAUAGUGAUUUUACUGUGGUUAAUUCUUCUUAACACAGUAUUGACUAGCAUAAAGAAAAAAAAAUGCAAAAAACG